AUGUGUGCACCCAGGAGAAGUCUGAGACUCUUCACCUCGCCUUUCUUUUCACGGCGGUUCUGCACCAGGCGGGCUGCCGGCGUGUGGGUGCUCUGUGCCUUCAACACGGCCAUCCACACGGGGCUGAUGCUGCGCCUCCAUUUCUGUGGCCCCAAUGUCAUUACCCACUUCUUCUGUGAGGUGCCUCCUCUACUGCUUCUCUCCUGUAGCUCCACCUACGUGAACAGCGUGAUGAUUGUGCUGGCCGAUGCCUUCUAUGGCAUCCUCAACUUCCUGAUGACCAUCGUGUCGUACGGCUUCAUCAUCUCCAGCAUCCUGAAGAUGCGGACCACCGAGGGGAAGAAGAAGGCCUUCUCCACCUGCUCGUCCCACCUCAUCGUGGUGUGCAUGUACUACACGGCCGUCUUCUACGCCUACAUCAGCCCCGUGUCCAGCUAUAGUGCAGAGAAGAGCAAGCUGGCGGGCGUGCUGUACACCAUGCUCAGCCCCACGCUCAACCCCCUCAUUUAUACAUUGAGAAACAAAGAGGUCAAAGCAGCCCUCAGGAAGCUGUUCCCUGUCUUCAGAAAUUGA